ACAUGUAUAUUAACACACCCCACAAGUUGAACGCAAAGUGCAACUGUUAAAAAAUUCGACAAAGAAAAUGGUUCAGCCUUACAGCUGGUUUAAGGCUGCAGCUAUCUUCAUGCUGUCACUUGACUAUUUGACAGCCCAAGCAUCAGCUGGAGAUGCUACUGAGAAAAGUGAUGAAAUUGACGUCAAGUACGCUUUACUGGGAGCUGGUAUUGGAUUAUUUCUGGUCAUCUCGUUUGUUUUAAUAAAGGUUUACAUGAUUAAAAAGCACAUUUUUGAAAAUGAAUUUUCAGAUCCUCCAUCCAGGCAAAGCAAUACAUUAAGAGAAUGGAUGAGAGAAGACAGAAAAAGAUCGGAGCUCAGUUUCAGGAAGUAGCUGUGCCUCAUUGGGACAAUCUCGCCUUGUUUUUGUUCAAUUGGAGACAACGCCCCUCAAAAACAGUUAUUAUCUGGGUAUAUGUUCAAAUAUAGGACCAGCAGACUUCCUUAUGUGUGUAACUAUGUGAUAGUUUUACAUUUAAAAUAGUUUUCUACUGACUGUUAUACUACCACUUUUGGGUAUCACUUUACAUAAGAGGAGUUGCUGUCAAACUGCACACCAUUGAAAGUUCCCAUCAAGGGCUUUCUGUCACUUGUUCUGAACGUUGUAAAGGAGAACCAGAGAAAUGGGUGGAAUCAAAUCUGUUGGGACACGGCAUCUCUGAAAUAAUCUUCAGAGUUUUUAUGCUUUUUGUGUUGAAAUUCUCGUUCACAUACUUCAUGUGAAUAAUUCGCAGAAUCAUAGAAAUUUAAAGCAUAGGUCUGCACCGGCUCUCGGCAAGCUUAUUUUCAAUCUCAUAGCCCUGCCCUAACCCCCCCAAAUCUCUUCAAGCCUCUACCCUUCACAUACCCGUCUACUUCCCUCUUGAAACUCACAAUCGACUUCGCCUCUGCUACGUUAUUUGUCAAGGCAUUCCACGUCCGAACAACUCUCUGUGUGAAAAUAUUCUCCUGUUGUGGCUAUUUUACAUCAAUAUAAUCACACGCUCUUGCUGUCCAGCAUUCAUAAACAAUAGGUUAUGGGCUUCCUGCUUUUUUUACAAAGAGCCGUAAAACCAUUGAAAUGAUAGUAAAGGAGAAGCACUGUCUGGAUGAACCGAGGCUCUUUGUGUGUUGCACAGCACAAACCAACCACUCUCCCCAAUUCUUCUGCUGAGGUUGUAAGUAUCACUGAGCCCACGCUAGUGCAUGCUCAUCCACUGAAGGUAUCUACUCAAAUCUCAAAUCCUGCUCUCCCAUUACCCCCCAUCAUCCCAUACUCUUUUUUUCCCUGGCACCUCUUUACCCUUCCGAUCAUCUCCUAUCUCACUCCUCUGCUCGCCCCUUCCCUAACAUUACAGAAACUACUUUCAAAUUCCUGCACCACAAGACACCUGGAAAGGUCCUGGCUCCAAGCUGUCAUAGAUUGUCAUAGAUAGUCCUAAAUCCUGUUCAAAUAACACCGAUCCUUGACACAGACGCACACCUUACUACUUCUCCCUGACCCAAAUGACCUUAAAACCUGGACCUUCUGGAUACUGUAUUCAUAUCAAUAUAUGCAUUUGUCAGUAUGAAACCUGCAUUGUAUUUUGAUCCAGGAUCACAUGUAAACUUUCCUGAUUUCAAUGAAAAAAUUGCAGUUGUCUACAUUUACUAUCUAUGUAUUAAAAUAAUAAU